AUGGGUAUUAGCAGAGACAGUCGUCACAAGCGUAACGCUACCGGUGCCAAGCGCGCCCAAUACCGUAAGAAGAGAAAGUUCGAAAUGGGUCGUCAAAACUCUUUAACUAAGCUUGGUUCUAAGAAGAUCCACACCAUUAGAGUUAGAGGUGGUAACCUUAAGUACAGAGCUUUAAGAUUAGAUAGCGGUAACUUCUCCUGGGGUUCUGAAGCCAUUACUCGUAAGGCUCGUAUUGUUGCUGUCGUCUACAACGCCUCUGAUAACGAUCUUGUCCGUACUAACACUCUUGUCAAGAAUGCUAUUGUUCAAAUUGAUGCCGCUCCAUUCAGACAAUGGUUCGAAUCUCACUACGGUGUUACUCUCGGAAAGAAGAAGGCCGACGAAGAAGAAAAGAAGAUCUCCAACCACGUUCAACGUAAGCACGAAUCCCGUAAGGAACAAUCCAAGAUUGAAUCUAAUGUUAAGGAUCAAUUCGCUGCUGGUCGUCUCUACGCUUGUAUCUCUUCUCGUCCAGGUCAAUCCGGUCGUGCCGAUGGUUACAUUUUAGAAGGAAAGGAACUUGACUUCUACGUCAGAAAGAUC